AUUGUUGGACGCUUGACGAGUCUGUUCAGUUCUAUAAAGACACAGCAGAUUGAUAAAGAGUUUGGACUUCAAGGAAAGAUAUGCCAUGAACCCCACAGAAAGCGAUCUUUAUUCAAUAUUCGGGUCGCGGCCGACAUACUGCAUCAGGUGCCAGAGUCAAUGUCACUAUUUGUGAACGGAUUUUGGCUAUCACUAACGAAAAGCAGAUUAAAAAUCACUGCAGAUAUUUCCUAUUGGGUCCUUGUCGGCGAACGCCUUCUAAACCAAUGGGAUAAUGAUAUCAGGCUCCUGGCCUCUAUUAUCCCCCAUAAACUAACAUCAAAUAAGAUCCAUCAUAUACAUGCUCGUAUGGGAACAACACAGUCCCCACAGUGCCCAGAGCCUCUGGAUCCAGCUUUCGCAGCCGAAAGGGAAUUUUUCGAGAGAUUUUGGCUUGAUGUUAUUGAAUACAAGCAGAAUACCAACUCUGGAUCCUGCAUUACAUGGGUUCCUGAAUACGGGCCAUUUCCAUAUCAUCCGAGAGGAUCUAUGCAAGCCCAUGGUGAUCUUGCAGAUAGCGAGGCCGAACGACUCGAGAAGCUCUUCAACGACAAACUCUAA